CAUUGUAUUGCGUUAUAUAGAGUCUUACCGGCAGAGACGAUUCAAUACACAGUUUGUGCUGUUAUUACCAGUGGAAGAACAAUUUAUUUUUGUACAAUUUGGAAAGCAAUGCGCAGGAAACCUAACAGUACUGAAGAAGCCUACGAUGGAAAAUUCCUCCGCGCAGCGCGCCAUUGACUGUAAAGACCUUUCAACUUACCAAAGACUGAAAUUGACAAACGUCUUCUGUCGUGGACGCAACUAUUUGUUAACGGAUACUUUUUUCGAAGGCGAAGGUCGUGCAGCAUGUUAAUAUUAUGGGGAAAUGAGUUCCACGUGUGAAACAGCGGGCUAUGUUUUUAUUAAGUUUACAUUUAUUGUGAUUUCCAUGUGAAGUGAAAUUGCUACUAGCUAUUACAAAGUCGAUAGUUAGCCAAGCGCACGUCUUCUACCAAACUUAUUUCUCGGGAGCACAAACAUGGAUAAGAAUGAGGAUGAUCCGGGACUCAGGGCAAGUAAGUUAAUAGACGAUCUCUCUCUUUACGAAGUAUACCAGGAUGGGAUUUACAGUGGAAGAAGCGACAUGGUAAUUAACCCGGAUUUGGAUUUUUCGGCCCAAAUGAUUCCUGACCAGAAAAGUAAACGAAUGAACGGUGGUGGUUCUGUGCCUCAGCAGCAACUCCAUACGUUUGAAAAUUACCCGGCGCCUGGGAAUAAAGUUUACAACGCCGCCCUUGUGCGCCCUGUGAAUGGUAAUCGAGCGCUUCCUCUUGAUUUUUGCACUUCUCAGAGAGAUGCAGUUUAUUGUGAAGAUGGCCAUAGCACCAAAUCCGAAGUUGCCUUGCCGUGUUACACCGGCGCUUCUGACCGAAACAGGAGGUACUCGUUGGAGGUGCAGGGACACAGGUACAGUACAGGUAGCGCAUAUGAUGGAGUGGUUUUGAACAAGCACGGAGCUUUCCCUCCCUUCCCCAGCAACAGAAGCAACAGUGUCUGCGUAAGCACCAACCAAGACAGCAGGUACAAUGCGACCAGCCCUCGGUCGAGUUUAGCGUCUUCCGUGUCUUCUCAGGAGCACAGCAAGCAUGCAAGCCCUAGGUCUAGCAUCAGCAGCCCGCGUUCUAGUCUGGUGGUUCCUGGUCAAGACAAAUACAGCAGUCCCAGAUCCAGUCUGCUGCAGUAUGAAUGCAGCAGUGCACUUAGCCCGAGAUCCAGCUAUGCAAGCACAGCCAGCGACACUAGUAAACAUUCCAGCCCAAGGACCAGUUUGAACAGUUACGACAGCGGCAGUAAACCCAGCAGCAACCGUACCAGUGGCAUCAGUAUGGGAUACGACCAAAGGCAUAUCAGCCCGAGGUCCAGCACUGCCAGCCAGUACUCCUGUACCACUAGUCCCCGGUCCAGCUACUCCGAUUCGCGAUAUAUGCCUCCUGGAAAUCAUGAGCUUGAGGGUGCAGCGGUGCACGGGAUGCCAAUGGCAAGCCCCCGGUCCAGCAUCUGCAGCCAGGACGGCGGCGUUAGACCGGGGGCAGUGGCUAACUGCGUAGUGAGCCCGCGCUCCAGCAUUUCGAGCCACAGUUCCAGGAGUUCUCGCAGUUCAAGGGGCUCCAUGAGCACAUUCCCAGAGCUCCAGAUGCCCUCGCCUAGAUCGUCAGUGUUGGGUCCUGGCGUCCAGGAAGACACAGUAGUCCAAGAUUUUGGCGACUCACUCGGUGUUCAGAAUAGGGUUACCCUUCAGCUGUCCCCUGCAACACAAGAGCCGCAACAACAGCCAGCACAAACCGAAUUAAACCCAGAGAUGACCACGGGUGCUCCAGCAUCUUUUAAUUAUGGGAGCGCCACCACAAAUUCGGUCUCUGCACAGAAGUUUAUGCUGCCGUACCAAGUCACCCCGUGCCGUGAAAGUGGCCCCAGCCAAGCCGAAAGAAGGCUCGAGGCGCUCACAUUGGAACUUGAGAAGGAGCUAGAAAUGCACAUCAAGAAAGAAUACUUUGGGAUCUGUAUCAAAUGUGGGAAAGGAGUUUAUGGAGCCAGCCAGGCCUGCCAGGCAAUGGGGAACCUGUAUCACACCAACUGUUUCAUCUGCCACUCCUGUGGGCGGAGGCUCAGAGGGAAGGCUUUCUACAAUGUCAACGGAAAGGUCUACUGUGAAGAGGACUUCUUGUACUCCGGGUUUCAGCAAACUGCAGACAAAUGCUUUGUGUGUGGCCACCUCAUCAUGGAAAUGAUCCUGCAGGCCCUGGGGAAGUCGUACCACCCCGGCUGCUUCCGCUGCGUGGUGUGCAGUGAGGGCCUGGACGGGGUGCCCUUCACUGUGGACGUGGAGAACAACAUCUACUGUGUGAAAGACUACCACACGGUUUUCGCCCCCAAAUGUGCCUCCUGCAACAAACCCAUUCUUCCCGCCCAGGGCUCUGAAGAGACCAUUAGGGUGGUAUCUAUGGACAAGGACUACCAUGUGGAGUGCUAUCACUGUGAGGACUGCAGCCUCCAGCUGAACGACGAGGAGGGCCACCGCUGCUACCCUCUGGAGGGCCACCUGCUGUGCCACAGCUGCCACAUCUGCAGGCUGAAGGCCCAGACGCGGACCCCCCCGCACCCGCCCCCGCCCCCCAGCUACCCCAUGCACGUCACGGAACUGUGA